GUUGUGGAGGCUAGGGCCAGCUGAUAGCUUUCAUAUCUUAUAAGAACUCUUCUUUCCAAGUUCAAAUCUUAUAUGCAUUUCCAUAAUACUAUCAAUCUUUACGAGCCAAUAUAGCUAAUCAGCAGCUAAAAGUAGUCUUAGUCUGUCCUCUUCUCUGCUGCUGAAACAAAGAUGGUUUUGGUCUCAUCACACGGUGAGAAAGUUGGAGGAGGAAGUGAUGGAGCUGUGUACGAUUUUCGCGGGAACCCCGCGGAUAAGUCCAAGACCGGUGGAUGGCUUGGCGCAGGGCUUGCCUUAGGAGUAGAACUCUCUGAGAGGAUAUGUGUCAUGGGCAUAUCAAUGAAUCUGGUGACCUACUUGGUUGGAAAUUUGCAUAUUUCAUCAGCAAAAUCUGCAACAAUUGUCACCAACUUCAUGGGAACUCUCAAUCUCCUCGGCCUUCUUGGCGGCUUCUUAGCAGAUGCUAAACUUGGCCGGUAUCUCACCGUUGUACUCUCUGCAACCAUAACUGCAAUUGGGGUUAUUAUCUUAACACUGGCCACAACAAUUUCUGGUAUGCGACCGCCUCCAUGUGACAACUACAGAAAUCUACACCAUCAGUGCAUUGAGGCCAAUGGAAAUCAACUUGCGUUGCUCUAUGCAGCUUUGUAUACAAUAGCACUCGGUGGAGGUGGAAUAAAAUCGAAUGUCUCGGGUUUCGGGUCUGAUCAAUUCGAUGUUUCAGACCCCAAGGAGGAGAAGGCCAUGAUCUUCUUCUUCAAUAGGUUCUAUUUUUGUAUUAGCAUUGGGUCUCUUUUUGCUGUGAUUGUACUGGUUUAUGUGCAAGAUAAUGUGGGAAGAGGUUGGGGUUAUGGAAUAUCAGCAGGGACAAUGGUUCUUGCAGUUCUUGUGUUGCUCAGCGGGACGCCAUUUUAUCGAUUCAAGAAGCCCCGUGGAAGUCCUUUAACAGUAAUAUGGAGGGUGAUAUUCCUGGCUUGGAAGAAGAGAAACCAACCUUAUCCUUCUCAUCCAAGCCUUUUGAAUAAGUACCAUGAAGCAAGGGUCCCACACACAGAGAAGUUCAAGUGUCUGGAUAAAGCUGCGAUUUUGGACGACUACGCUGGUAGUGGUGAGAACAAAAACAACCCUUGGAUAGUAUCCACAGUCACCCAAAUUGAAGAGGUGAAAAUGGUUCUCAAGCUCAUUCCCAUCUGGUCCACUUGUAUCCUCUUCUGGACUGUCUACUCUCAAAUUAGUACCUUCGCAAUCGAGCAAGCCACCUUCAUGAAACGAAACAUUGGCUCGUUCGUUGUCCCUUCGGGCUCUUUCUCCACUUUUGUCUUCAUAUCCAUUCUCCUCUUCACGUCGAUGAAUGAAAAGAUCUUUGUCCCGCUUGCUCGGAAACUCACCCACAACCCCCAAGGACUCACAAGCCUUCAGAGGAUUGGCAUCGGACUUGUCUUGUCAAUGGUAGCUAUGGUGGCCGCUGCAAUUGUCGAAAAACAAAGAAGGGAAUUUUCUAUUCACCAUGAUGCGAUUCUAAGCGCUUUCUGGCUAGUCCCUCAGUUCUUUCUGGUGGGUGCCGGGGAAGCUUUUGCGUAUGUUGGGCAAUUGGAGUUUUUCAUCAGAGAGGCACCAGAAAGGAUGAAGUCCAUGAGCACAGGGCUUUUCCUAAGCACCCUCUCAAUGGGGUUCUUUGUCAGCAGUUUAUUGGUUUCCCUUGUGGAUAAAGUGACCAACAAAAGCUGGCUCAGGAGUAACUUGAACAGAGGGAGGUUAGAAAACUUCUAUUGGCUACUAGCUGUGCUAGUAUUGUUGAAUUUUGGUGUUUUUCUUAUCUUUGCAUCAAGACAUCAGUACAAAGAACAGCACUACCUUGGCCCAGAUGACAGCGAAGAAAAGGAGCUUAAGAGCUCAAAUGAUGUUACAGCAGAGAAGUUGGGAGAGAAAAUAGCCAUGGAGGGGCCCUAAAAAUUAAAAAUAUCCACUUUCAAAGAAAUCUUAGUGUUCUAUUUAUAUAUUGGCCUUGUUAUACUUGAGACAUGAUGUUUUUCGUAGCCCAAGAGACAGGCAACGAAAAAGGGAACCCAUGUGCUCCCUAGUCAUUUUGCACUUAUUCAUUCUUCUUGUUUGUAUGCCCUAUUAGAGAUUUUAGUGUUUUAGAUAACAAUGUGAUAAUGGGAUUGGCUAUCCAAAGAGUAAUAUAUGAAAGAAAGAUAUAUUCAAGCUGAA